AUGGGUUUCUCGUGCCAAUUCAUUCUUGUCUCGUUCGUGGGAGCGGCAAUCUAUCAUGUCCUCAAUGCGCUUAAUGAUAGAAGGCGGAUGAAGGGCGCGAAGCCUCCUCCCGGUCCCAAAGGCUACCCCAUCGUCGGAAACGCUCCGGAACUCGCAGCCUCCAAGGGGAAUCUGAUCCCGAUCUUCAACAGAUGGGCCGAGCAAUAUGGGCCAAUUGUCCAGUUCAGUAUACUAGGCGAGAAGCAGGUCGUUCUUUCUAGCGAUAAACUCGCCCGCGAUCUCAUGGUCAAACGCAGCGAUAUCUACUCUGACCGUGGGACUCCGCAUGCCAUGGCGUAUAUCACGCAUGAUCUCAACACGGCGCUGAUGCCGCGAGGUGAUCGAUGGCGCCGCGAGAGGAAACUCGUUGCCAAUGCGAUAUCCAUCACGGGCAAUGGGAAAUACCAGCAAUUAAUGGAAGAGGAGGCCAAGCGCACUGUCUUGGAUCUCCUUGCAGAGCCCGCGAAAUUCGAUGAUCACUUCCAGCGGUAUUGCUUCGGCGUCCUCGCACGGUCUCUCUUGGGAAUAUCGAUCGAGUCGGCUGACGAUCCAUUCAUCGUUCGUACGAACUCGUUCAUCGAGGAAGGGAUGAAGUGUUUCCGCCCAGACGUGUAUCCCAGCAAUGUCUUUCCAUUCCUCCGCUACUUCCCCAGGGCGCUAGUCCCCUCUCUCAAGAAGCUGGAUCAGUUGCGAGAUCGGACGUACAAGACGGUAUGGCAGACGUGCUACGACGUCGAGGCGGCGAUAAAAACCGGGACGGCCAGCGACAGUAUUUAUCGGCACUUCUUGGAGAAUAGGAGCGAGUACACAGUGACCGAUGAUGAGGCUGCGUUUGCCUUCAAUGCCAUGGUUGGAGGCGGGACCCGAUCACCGCAUAAUGCGCUCUUGACGUUCUUGUACCUGAUGAUGGAGUAUCCGGAGUGGCAGGACAAACUCCAGAAACAGGUUGACGAUGUUGUUGGACCGAACCGACUGCCUGGCUUCGGAGAUAUACCGAAUCUCCCCAUCGUCAGGGCAAUCGUCAAGGAAGGCGUGCGAUAUCGUACUAUCAAGGCCGAACUCGGGCUCCCGCAUCGGUUGGAAAGGGACGAUAUCUACGAGGGAAACUUCUUCCCCAAGGGGACCGUCUUCCACGCCAACUAUUCGGCAAUCCUCAUGGACAAAGAAACCUACCCAGACCAACGCCCCUUCAACCCCGCUCGCUGGCUCGACCCCGCCUACCCAACCUACAAAGAGCCCCUGACAGUGCACCCCAACUGCCAAAACUUUACACCUUUUGGCUACGGCCGCCGCGCCUGCCCGGGGGCUGAUUUCGCCGAGCGCACGCUUGUUAUCAUGGUUGCGCAAAUUGCAUGGGCGUGCACCAUCAAGAAACCCAUUGACCCAGGCACUGGAAGACCCGUCGUGCUGGAUAUCCAGUAUGAGACUGUGCCGAAUCCAAAGCCGUUGCCGUUUCCUUGUGUCAUUGAGCCGAGAUGUGGGGAUCGGGCAGCAUUGGUUAAGGAAGAGGACUGA